UUAUUUCUGCAUUAAAAAAAAAUUGCAAAAAAUAUUUUUUCUAUUUUUCUUUUUUGGGAUUAAUUCCAUUUGUUCAUCACCAUGACCAUACCUGAAAAAAUCGAGAAGCCUCACGUCGCCUUCCUCCCCAGCCCCGGCAUGGGACACAUUACUCCGCUCUUCGAAUUCGCCAAACGCCUAGUCAUCCACCACGGCUUCCACGUCAGCUUCUUCGUCAUAACCACCGGAGCUUCCGCUGCUCAGAACGAACUUUUCCGACCGGAGAAUCUCCCGGCCGAUUUCACCGCCGUCGAAAUCCCGCCGGUGGAAAAUAUCUCCUCGUUUUUCACCGACGAUAUGAAACUACUCACGCAAUUGUGUAUCAUGGUCCGCGAAUCACUGAAACAUCUCCCUUCACUCUUAAUGGAAAAACGCCCAAAAGCUUUAAUAAUCGAUUUGUUCUGUACUGAUGCUUUUGAGAUUUGCGAAAAGCUUUCGAUUCCUGUUUACUCUUUUUUCACUGCUUCUACUAUUUUAAUGGCGUUCUCUUUGUACUUACCAACGCUUGAUAGGGAAGUUGAAGGCGAAUUUGUUGAUCUUCCUGAACCUAUUCAAACUCCCGGAUGUACCCCAAUUUGCCCUCACGAUAUCCUCGAUCAGGUGAAAGACAGGAAGAACGACGAGUACAAAUGGUAUUUGCUUAACGUGAGCAGGUUGCCAUUAGCAGCGGGGAUUUUUGUGAACAGUUGGGAUGAUCUUGAACCUGUAUCUCUUAAAGCUCUUAGAGAAAAUUUGUUUUUCCAAAAAAUACCUCUUCCUCCUGUUUAUACAAUCGGGCCAUUAAUCAAACAAGAUGAAGUUGUUACAGAAAAGGAUGCUGAGAUUUUGGCUUGGCUGGAUGAUCAGCCCCCUGAUUCUGUUCUUGUUGUGGUCUUUGGUAGUGGCGGCACCUUGACGAGUGAACAACUUAGUGAGUUAGCUUGGGGUCUCGAAAUGAGUCAACAAAGGUUCAUUUUAGUGGUGCGCAAACCAAGUGAUGCAAGUGCCUCAGCAGCUUUUUUCAACGUGGGGAGCGAUGAGAAUGACCCAUUACUGUACUUGCCUGAAGGAUUCAUUAAGAAAACAGAAGGGAGGGGCUUAGUGGUCCCAUCAUGGGCCCCACAAACAUCAAUUCUCAAUCACCCAUCAAUCGGAGCAUUUCUGUCACACUGUGGAUGGAAUUCGACUUUAGAAAGCGUAAUUCAUGGUGUGCCUAUAAUAGCAUGGCCACUUUACGCGGAGCAGAGGAUGAACGCCACCCUCUUAGCGGAGGAGGCCGGGGUGGCUUUAAAGUUCUCGAAAGAUCCUGGGGAAGAGCUUGUUGAUCGGAAUGAAAUUGAGAAAAAUGUGAGGAUUGUUAUGGAAGGAGAAAAAGGGAAAGCUAUGAGAAGGAGAGCCAAAGAGCUAAAAGAAAGUGCAAAAAUUGCACUUAACAGUGGAGGAUCGUCUUAUGAGUCGCUUUGUAGUAUUGUUCAGAUUUGGAAAUCUCAGUGACUCUCUUGUUGAAACAUUAUUUACUUCUUGUUUUGCACGUGUUUUAAGAAAUCAUAAAUAAAAUGUUUAUUUUUUGUUA